UUUUUUUUUGCAACUAAAUCAAAAAUAAAAUAAUAAAAUUUAUUUGCCUGUAAUUUUUAGAAUGCCGACAUGUGAACUAAAGCCAAUUUCUCGUCAACUAUUACUGUGCAAGGACGCUCAGAUUCGAAAUCGAAUCCAAUUAUGUAUCCUGCGCCAUUAUGCCAAGUGUAAAUGCGACUGCGAGAAGACGGGCAUUUGCAAAUGCAGCGCGGACUGCGAGUGCCGGCUACGGAGGAAGAAGGUCAGCCGGUUGGGGCCAAAGAAAAUUUGUUGUCGCGAUCCGCCGCCAAGCUAUGCGCCCAAAUGCCUGGAAACGAAAGCAUUUGAAAUACCGGAAUUUAUAAGUCCUAAAGCAUUUCGGCCCAUGAAGCCGGACGAACAGCUAGGUCCGCGGGCGGGCAAGUCGAAAGAGUAUAAGAAUCCAGAGUUUUUCAGCUAUCAUAACUUUUCGUACUAUGAUCUAAAAAUGGCCGCAGGAAAGGCAACGGAUUUGUUCGAGGGAAAGAAACCUUAGGCUUUUAUAUACUAGUUAAGGUUUUACUCCAGACGGACGGAUGAGCAUGAUAUCUCAUGUACAUAUAUGCAAACUCCGGUGUAGCAAUUAUUUUAAUCUAGCUAAAUAACAUUGUGACAGUCGGAAAGAAUUAUUUAUUAACUAGGUAGAAUUUUAUAAAAACUAAUGGACAAUAAAACAUUAAAAAUUUA